AUGGUACUCCGCGAGUGCCAGCGCAUCGAUCCUUUUCAUCCCAAUUGCUACCUACUGGCAAGCUCCCUCUGUCUCGGUCAACUGCGUCUUAUUGAAGAGGGCGUGGAGCAGGCUUGUCAAGCGAUACAGGUCGCAAAAAGUCAAAAACAAAAGUACCUGCAUGCUCGGGCCCACCUUUUACUUGGCUGGGGUUAUUCAAUAAUGGCCUGGGACUGUCGUGUUCUUGAGCGGAAGCGCGAUCUUCAAAUGCGAGCCAUCUUUGAAUAUACCACGUAA